GUCCGGGCCUGGUCUCGUCGCACGGCGACGAUUCCACCACCACCUGUCCUGUGGUGGGAGUACAAAUUGGCGGGCGAGGAAACGCUGAGGGGACGAUGUGGUCCUGCGGCGGCGAAGAGGAGGUCAGGAGAGAGAAGCAGACAGGCGCCUGGGGCUGGGUGCACGUGUCGAGACCUGAACGUUAGAUAGACCCACGUGGCACUGCUGCCAGCGUGGCAUUAACUUUCUUUGAUGAAUCGUGCCACAUUACUCGGUCUUGUUCGCAAGGGGCUGGUUAUCCUGCGCCCGACUUCGGGGCAGCGACCGGCCUCUCUGCUUCCGACCGUCUACUUCUGGUCGGCGACCGGUAAGGGGUCGAACAGUGCGACAGGAGUGCGUGACGCGAGCACAGAGACGUCGCACAGUUUCCCUGCAGCACCGGCGGCAGCGGCGCCGCCGCCGCCCAGCGGCGGCGGCGGCAGGGGCAGGGGAAGCAGGGUCUCCCGCUCCACGUCACCAAUUCCACUUGGCGGAGCGUCAGAAGCUUGUGCCAUCACCAGCUCCUCAUCAAGACCGUCGGGGCCAUACGUCUCCAAUCCGACUCAGCAGGCAUGGCCUGUGGUAAGGACGCUGCCAACCCGUAGCGCGCCUCCCAACGCGACGUCCUCGCCCAUCCCGAUCUCAACAACACGGAGGACCUCGGCCAGGUCGUACGGAAAUGGCCAGGCGGGAGCCGUGCUGGAGGAGGAGGAGGAGGAGGAGGAGGAGGAGGAGGAGGAGUGGGGGGGUGGCUGGCGGGCUGGAGGCGCACCCGGACGAGGCGGCCUCCCUGAGGUAGAUCUUGAACAUGCCAUCAGGAGGGAGAUCGAGCGAGAAAGGCGCGAGUACACUGCUCCUUUUCUGAGGAGGACGGGACCGCCGGCGCCUUUCGAGCUGGAAGAUGAGCCGGGAUCGGGACAGGUGGCGUUACGACGGGUGUAUGGGUUGUACGGACAAGAGCUCGUACGGGUGUGCUGCUCGCUUCGCGGGCCCGAUGGCGUGAAGCUGGAGUUUUCGCUGCCAUCUGGUUGGCGGGAAGGGGAAGGGAGGGGGUCAAUCUUUGGUGAACCGGGGGAGGGCGAGGGUGGGGGGGGUGGAUGGGAAGGAGGGACGGCGGCGGGUGACAGGCGGCGGCGGGUGGCCGUGAGUCCCACGCUGUUCACUGUCACGGUUGUAAACAAGUGGGAUCGGUACGCGUCGGUCUUGGAGUUCCACUGCUCGACACGUGGCAGUCGGGUGACCAUCGAUCAAGUCUUAACUGGACAACGCGGGGAACACCGUACGGCAGCCGCGGCGGCGGGGACAUCAGCGGAUGCAAAUGUCGACGAGGAAGAGGAAGAGGAAGAGCAAGAGGAAGAGGAAAGGGAGGGUGCUUGGAGGACGGAGCCCCCGAUGGCUAUCCCCUGCGCUCGAUCAUCCUAUCCCGGUCCCGACUUCGCGGCUCUGGACGGUCGUCUGCAAGCGGGCUUUUACAAGUACCUGGCCGAUCGCGGUGUGAAUGGUGACACGUGUUCCUAUCUUGUCGCUAUUUUGAAAGACAAGGAGCGGCGCGAGUACGUCAGAUGGCUGGAACACAUUGAGAGGUUUCUUCUCAUCGAGCAGGAUGACGUGGCAACCUCUCGAGGCCUUCCCAAUUAUUAUGAUGAUGAUCAUCAUGACGAUGAUGGCAGGCCGCGACCUUUCCAGUCGGCCAGGAUGACGUCAACCUCAGAAGCAUUCCAAGUGGAUUAAGAAGAUUUAUAGCGAGCAAAAAAAAAAAAAAAAAAAAAAAAAAAACCUCUAUAGUGAGCGUAAUUCGAAUAGGGCAUUGCAGCAUUCGGUUCUGGUCGGGAUAUCGCAGAUUUGUUCUUUUUGCUUUUCUUCUUUGGGCUUUGACAAGCUCUUAUGUAUUGAUUGUUUUGGGAGUUGUUGCGCCUGCUUUCUUAUGUAUUGGUUGUUUUGCCAGGUGCACCUGCUGCGGGUGCGGGUCGCUCAAUUCGAUGGGUCUUGUCGCGCAUGGCAUGGUUCCAAUUAAACCCGCCGGUGCAGCAGCUCAAGGGUGAAGGGUCUCUUCAGACCAAGUGGCUGGUCAAGCUCAUCAAGUACCUGCAGCUACCCUGGGUGCCACUGGUUUUGAAGCAGAUCCGGAGCAUGGUGAAUUACAGCCGUACGAUGGAGGCGAGUGCGUAUUGGAGUUUUGAGAUGGUCGUUGUUGAGAGACGUACACGUGGCCGCGUUUUGAGGUGUUCCACGUGAAGAACCAUUGUAUGCAUGCCAUGGAAGACACUCUGGAUCUUGAUUUCGAUUUGAUUAGCAGUAGAGGCGUUCCUUCCGGAACGAUUAGCAACAUUGAUGGAAGGGCGGGCAUACUCACACUAGGACUUUUUCUACUGAGCUCUGGUGGACGUGAUUGCAGUCAGAUGCAUCCUGGUCCGGUCGUAAUUGCAGUCAGGUGCAUGGCACGUUUGUUUGAGCCGAUCGUCUCUUAUGCGGUCGUGGUGAGGCCUCCUUUUCUUUACCUCUGUCGUUGCCUUUUGGCUGCGUGCGUGCAAGUGGGGGGUCCUUGUGACACACGGGGAUGGAUGGGGGCAGCCAGCGCUCAACCUUUCAUCCACGUGGCUGGCCUUGUACGUAUAAGAGGUGAUGAACAGGUGGGGCUUUCCCUUUCCUUCCUUCUUUUCCUUCCCUUGUUUUGCUUUUUUCCGCCUUUGCGCUCCGAUUCACAGAGUGACAAUAUAUAUAUAUAUAUAUUGUGACGAUAUAUUGUGACGAUAUAUAUUAACGUAUGACUUGAACGAGGGACAUGGCCAUGUGGCGAGGUGGAUUCGAUGCGUGGCUGUGUGUUUUAAGAAGAUUGAGGGAAAGUUUGUGGGAUCGUUUUUGUUGUGAUCUAGCUCAGCGGGCAGCAGCUGCACUGGCUGCAUCACUGUUAAACCAUCAGUACUUGGCCCAGCUAUUGGCCGCGGGAAAAAAUAGAGUAGAAACGUUUCUAGUCGGAUGAAUUUGGACGCUCCUGUAGUAGCCCGUACGUUUCCUAAAAUCGUGGCGCAUUAAGGGGCACCACUCUAGGAAGUACUUGUCGUUUAAAACGUCGUCGUCCCCGUGGGAAUCAAUGAGACCUGCUCGUUGAAUGUUUGGCCGGUAGGGAACCAAUUAGUAAAUUGUAGUGAUCACGUGGUUGCAUGCCACGUGGCGGCACGAGGGGAAGUAGUUCUCAUUGGCAUUGUGCAGGAUUUGAUUUGUUGUUGAUGCAGAUCGACCUAAAUGGACAUGUAGAUGGCCUCGUUUUUUUGGUUGGGGAAGAGAGAGAGAGAGAGAGAGAGAGAGAGAGAGAGAGAGAGAGAGAGAGAGAGAGAGAGAGGAAUACAAUUUUUGGAUUCCUUUUUAAGAUUGAGAACAUCCUCAAUUUGACUAUGAAAACCUUUAAAUAACUCGCCCAUUUCAUUAUUCACUUGUCUGCUGUUCCAUUCUUUCAAAGGACAUUGGGAGCCGAGAGAGAGAGACACACAGGUCGAGCGAGCGAGCGAGCGAG